GAGUACCAGAGGAUAAUUGCUGCGGUUGGAGUUCAAUAAGUUCAUUCUAAAAGACCCCAGGAACAGACCGAGUGGAGUGUGACUAUUGAAUAAUUGAUUCAAAGAAGGGAGGUGCCACUCAUCAGACCGGAGCAUGAUGACUUUGUAGAAUGAACAUAGUGUUAGGCACCGUUGACAGUUUUACGGUGCAUUUUUGCCAGACUUUCAACACUACAGUACACACAAAAGGCGGGACCACGCUUCACUGGCAUACAAGGCAAGCAAAAGGACAACCAACUGAUCAUUUUUAAGCACGCGAGGUUUGAUCAAUUUAGUUUGAAAACGCUGGGAGAGAGAAAGUAAUUAUGGAUAUAUGGUGGUUUACAAGGGUUCCAAAUAAGUCAACAUUAAAAACCAUAUGAAGUUAAUAACAACCUUAAAAAUUCGGCUUUGCGUUCCAGCGUCAAGAAGAGAAGUGUUCGAACUGCGUUAAGGUCUCGUCGAAUAGGAUUGUUUUAUAUCCAGAACGAUGGUAUUGGACAACGAGGACAGUGAGUGCUCGAAUAGCUUUUUCUUCAAUUCUGUCCACUGAAUGGCAUGAGAUGGAAAGCCUAAGGGCUGUGCCGGCUGCAAGAGGGGGAUCAAGGACCGCUUCAUGCUCCAGGCUAUAGGCAGAUACUGGCAUGAAGACUGUCUCAAGUGUGCCUGCUGUGACUGUCGCCUGGGUGAGGAAGGCUCCACUCUCUACACAAAAGCCAACCUGAUCCUCUGCCGGCGAGAUUACCUCAGGCUCUUUGGCUUGACAGGGAACUGUGCAGCAUGCAGUAAGCUGAUCCCUGCCUUUGAGAUGGUGAUGAGAGCCAAGGAGAAUGUCUACCAUUUAGACUGCUUUGCCUGCCAGCUCUGCCGCCAGAGAUUUUGUGUGGGGGACAAGUUUUUCUUCAAGGACAACAUGAUACUUUGCCAGCUGGACUAUGAAGGAGGGAAUUGGAAAGGAAACGAUGAGAAACAAGUUCAGUGAAUGCUUCUGCUCUCUGCUGGUCAGAUACCAGGCUCAUCUCAAUGAACCUAUGUUCAGCGUUAGUGCUAAAAUGCACAGAAAAGCCACAGAUAUACAGCAAUUUAUAUUGCUGUUUUCAGACUCUGGACUCCAUGCUCCGUGAAGUGAAUUGCUAAGAUGUAUCAUUGUGUUCAAUAUCUGUACAAAUGUCUGUUAUUUUUUUACUUUAUAGAAGUUGAUGGAUUGAGUAGAGUUGACUCUUAACUGGAUGAAAUAGACUCUGAAUUGAUCUAACAAUUUAUUUUGAUGAUAAUGAAAAGUAUGUGUGAAAUCUGGUGGGUGCAAAAACCCUGUAGUUUGCCUAUUGGCAACUGAAAGAGAGACUGGACCACUGCCUGCUGAAUUACAUUUACUUACUGAGUGAGAAUAAAGAAUAUUGCACAGGAAACACUUUUUUUCACAUACUUUUGCCAACUUUGGUAGUUAAUUCUAA